CAAGCGUGCUCUAUUUUUUAUUUUCAAAUUUGAAAAACCUCUAACGUUCUUCCGCCAAUUUUAAAAUUAUACAUCCGGUGGACGAGUGUUAGAUUUAUUCCUUCCAUUAACUGCGAAAAUGGAGUCAAAUAAUGAAUGCUUUGUUUGCGGUGGCCAUGAUUUCACAAUAGCUGAUGGAGUGUUUAUAUGCAACGAGUGUGGGAUACAAUCCCAAAAUUUUAGAGAAGAACUAAUCAAUUUUAAUGAUAAUAUUAUGUAUGGUAAACAUGACAAAAUGAUUGAUAAAGAUCAUGAAAUUACAGUUGGAUCUCAAUUGGAAAAAAAGAAGAAAUUAUUAUCUUGGGAAUGUUUCAAUUUAAUUCUUAUAGGACUUACCAAUGAAAUGAUUGAACUUGGUGCUAAUCCUAGUUUAAAAGUUAUAGUGUUACAAUUAUGGGUUCGAUAUUUGCAGUGCAUUGAGGCAGCAUUUACUUCAAAAAAAUUUAGGAAGCUUCCAAAAUUAAAUACUUCAUUUAAUAACAUCGAUGGUGAAAUUUUAUAUGACAUUGCAAAUAUAAGAAAAAAAUUAUUAUACUCCAAGACUGGAAUUUGGAAAGGAAAACAGAAAACUAGUAGAUCAAAAAGAAAAAAGUUAUUUACAUCUUUUAACUGUAAUGCUAGUUCAAUUUUAACAGCUAGUCAGAAACAGAUUAGAGUUACUCACAAGUUACGUAAACUAGACCACACCAAGACUGAUAUUAAUAACGACUCAAUAGGAUUUUCAAAUGAUGUUAAUGUGUUGCAAAGAAGAAAAAAUUCAAGAAAAAUUAAUAUUAAAAUGGCAAAAAAUGUACAAAAAUCUCUCAAGGCAAUGCCUUCCAUUAGUAAAGACCUAACUUUUGAGGAAUCGACAAAAAUUUUUCAAUCUGGUCGAAAAUGUUGGAAAAGGUUAAAACAUAAAGAAAAAAAAAAUAUGAUUACUAUAAAAAAAUUAAUAUCUAUUAUUAGAUUAGCCACUAUCAUCAACAAUGAUGAUAUUUAUUUAUCUGAUAUUUUAAGGUGGAUACAUGAAGGACAUUUUCAUAUAAAUCAUAUAAAUUUAUUUUUACCAGAAAAUGUAGUUCAUGGUAUCAAUUUGCGAAAAAUUAUGCUAAUGUCAUCAAGAAAUAAAUUAAAUCAAGAAAUUACUAUGAUAAUGUUUCUUUUAAAAAUUGACCAACUACCCAAUAUUGAUUUUAAAAAAAUGGCUAAACGAUUUUGUGAUGAACUACAACUGCCUAGUGAUUUUACAAACAUUGUUUGUAAACUUAUAUCAAUAUCUCCUCCUAGCCUACAUUUUACUCAUGUAUUACCUGACAUUGAAAUCAAAGUCAUGGCUUAUUUACUUUUUGCUGCUAAGUUUUUAUUUUGUCUUGAUGGUAAUGCAGAAAACUUAUCUUCAGACUUUGCUGAAAAAGUGAAUCGAUUAAAUAAUGAACAUCAAAAACUGUUUAGCUGGAAUGAAUAUGUGAAAUAUAUUGAAUGUAGAAAUACUGUAGUUUCUGACUACAAUUCUGUGUUGCAUACAAAACUAUAUGAAAAUAAAAUACACAACACUAAAUUAUUUAUCAACAAUUGGAACAUUAUAAAGUCAACUUUACCCUUAAAAAACAAGAUAUUUAAUAAGAAAUUUAGAGAAAACACUGAAUGUUUAUUCAAAUCAUUGCCAGAUAUUGGAAGAACUGAAAGUUAUAGAGGUAUCCCUGCCUCAACUAAACCAUUAACAUCAACUUUAAAAUGGAUACUAGAUUAUUAUUCAGUGCAAUUAAGUGUUGUUACAAGAACUACAUUAGAAAAUGAUUUCACUCAAACUGAUAUUUUAUAUUUAACAAAUGAAGAAAGGAUUUAUGAUUUAGCCAAUAAGUAUGAUAUACCAAUAGAAAUCAACAGUAAUAAACCAUUAUAUUAUGUAAAAGAAAAAAAUGAAGAUCCUGAUACGAAAAUACCUGUACCAAAUAAUACUGAAGUCAAAGUGUUUUUAACUAACCAUAUACCUAACAAGACUCAACAGACGGAAACUUUAAAUACCUCUUAUAAAGAAAAACCAAAUACAAUAUAUUUAGGAACAGGCCUUUAUUAUUGGUACAUACAUUUGAGUACAUUUUUUUUACUAAGAGCUGAUAUUGUUAAAAUAGAUAUGGUUUUAAAAAAAAAAUUACCUCACUCAUUUCUUUGGUUCAUGCAUCAGUGUUGUAGAAUAUUGGAUUGUGCGCCUUCCCACCUAUACUUAGAACUUUUAAGGUUAGAGAAGAAAUUUUCUACAUUUUUACAAUCAAAUGAAAUGAUGUCCGACUCUAAAGAUGAAGAUUUUUUAUCUAAUGGAAGUAGCUAAUUACAUAAUAAUCAAAAUAUUUUAUUACAUUUUAAUUGUUAAAAAAAAAAAAAUUUUGACAUUAGUAUUUAUGAA